AUGGCUGCCCGGGCUAUCCGCUCUCGUAACGAUGGGCAGCAUGCAAUACCAUGUCAUGGAAGCAUUGGCCACCGUCGCCCCAGGAAAGGGAACGAGCCUCUGGAACAUGAAAAUGAUACGCUCUACACGAAGAUGCUAAGAGAAGAGGCACAAAUGGAUUGGAGAUUUAAUCUUUGCGCCAAUGCAGCCAAUUGGGUAUUGCUUGCAGGAUAUGUGAUCAUUCCCGGCACCUUCACGUCAUUGAAACGGUCCAGCGAAGUCCAAGAUGUACUUCAAAAGAACGGGGCCGGUCGGGUGGUGUUGAAGAAGAUUCAGAACCCUCCCCUUCUUGUCAUCGCUUUUGUCCUCCUCAUUACUGGGAGUGCUAUUUUGGGCUGGCUUUGGGUCAAGUUCAAAAAUAAUUAUCCCUGGCUCAUCAACAAAAUCUUUCUGCCAGCUUUCCUUAACGCCGCUGCUGGGUUGCUGACGACAGCAGUCAAUGUUUCGGCGUCCCAGGCUGGAACCUGCUCCGUCAUGGCUUUGACGACAAUUAUCGUGACAGCAAUGACAUUCGUGCUGUUUGGUGGCUUGUUAGUCUUCUACAAAUUUGUCAAACUGAAAAGAGUUCUAGACGAUGAUCAACUCGAAGGCCAGGCCCAAUCUGUCCUUAGACAAUGGGGGCAUUCUGACCUGCGAUCGGCGUUAGCCCAGGCUCAGGCCGCUUUGGAUGAUCACAGAUUCGUAGCUCUGAAAGCGACUGCUACGGAAGCUCUGGCUCUUUCUGAGCUCUUAGACGGAAGUAUGCCUUCAACAGGCGUGGAAACUGACGCCCGUGGACCUGAAGUCACAGCAAUGGCCAACCGACAGGCUCGAAGCAAGGCCAAUCGAUUGUGUGAUUACCUUAUCGAACUUUGUUUGGCACAUGUGAACGAUAGCUCCCCGGACCGAAAAAAAGUUCUCAAGGGCAAAUCAGGCUCUCAUACUUGA